AUGUCUAGCACCAACCCGAACCCGUCGUUCGAGGCUGGAGUGAGCACUCCAACGACUGAACACAAACUGAGCCGAUCUAAUAAUGUUAUUCUCAUUGAACAGUCAGAGGUGAUAGACAAGGAAGCAGCAUACAAACAACGUCUCAACCGACCGUUCAAAGUCAUACAACAUCUUCCAUUGUCACAGCAGGAACCAGAUUAUGAACGACUAGACAACCCCCUUUCGAUCAGAGAUUCCGCUACUCUGUAUAAUUCGCUUAUAGUGUCACGUCAUCACUGGCUUCAUAAUGUGUUCAAGACAUUUUGGACUAGACGAGAGCAAUAUAUGACUCCUGCAGACGGCCGCAAGAAGGACCGACUUAGCAAGAUGUGCGACAUGAAGCUUGUUGCCGGACCGCAUACUUUUGAGAUACGGCUAUUUAUUCUGAAAGAGGAAGAGAAGGAAAAGCGGUAUUUUGAAGAGUUGGAACGCAGAAGAGAGGAAAGACAAAAACUUCGAGAUGAAAGGCUAGGCAAACCUUGUGAUCCGGCCAAAAUCAACACUGCAACGCCAGUCAAAAAGGAACCUGCUGUUAUUGCCCCACCACCCAAGGUUGUCAAGCCACUGCCACCUCCUGCUUCUCCCCAGCCAGCACCGCCAAAACCAGCUGAGGACGGGAAGUCUAACGAUCUAAUGGCCAAUCCCGAAAAUGCAAUGAUGAUUCAAAACCUGAAUCUCAUUGCCCGCUCAGAUCCACACCUCAGCUCUUUAAUGAAAAUUGUCGCAUCUGGUAACGCUUCCGGUGAUCAGAUAGCAGAAUUUCAACGCUAUAUUCAGAGAGCUCGUCAAAUGGGAAAUCCAGCAAGCUAUUACCAAAAAAUUCAACAACAAAACGAGGAUAGACAAAAUGUUCUUCGUAGAAGCCAGGAGUCUGUGAACGGCGAACGCAGACAGCUUACUAGAGAGGAAAGGGAACGUCUAAAGCAAGAAGAAAAGGAGAGGAAAGCCAGGGAAAAGGAAGAAAAGAAGAAGAAAAAGCAGCUGCAGAAAGAGCAGGAGAGAUUGGAGAAGGAGAGAGAAAGACAAGAACGCAAAGAACGCAAGGCCCGGUUAGAAAGAGAACGCCAGGAGCGGCAAAAAUUGAACCUCGGACCUAUAGAUUUUGGCGACGAAUUUGAAAUGGACAAGGAACGAGAAAGAAGAGAGAAGAGAGAGAAAAAGAGACAGGAAGAGAAAGCGAAACUGGAGAAGUUGCUUGCUGGAGACGACCGGCUAACGGCUUUUCAAGAGAGAUACACAAAGGACGCUACCCUGAUUAUUGAGUUUCACGAAAAUAAUUCCUCCAGAUUUUAUUUCCCCAAGGACUCAAUCAUCGAAAUUAUUGACGAAAGGGACAAAGCUAAUGAUGAGAACAAUGACCAUCCGGAGGACGAUAACUCAAAAGAAAGUUCGCUCAAACCAGCAGUGUCUGCAUCUCCUCCUCCUUCAGCAUCAUCUUCAGACUUGUCAAAAAAAUACAGGAAAUUGUUUGUUGAAUUACUAAUUUCUUUUGUAAUGGUUCACAAUCAGUCGGAGAUCGAUGCCUAUGAAUUGCGCAAAAAGAGGGAGGAAGAAGAAAAACUUAGAGCACAAAAGGAAAUGGAAGAACGAGAAAAACAGUCAGAGGGGAGUGUUGAGAUAAAGGAGGAGGACGAAGAGAAUGGGGAAAUUGAGAACGAAGAAGCUGAAGAAGCGGGCGAUAAAAAGAAGUCCACCAAAAAGAAGAGAAAGGCUAAACGGAACUGGGGACCCGCGAAAAGACAAACUAGAACUUCCAAACAGGUGAAUGACGAGGAUUUGGAACCUCAGGAUUAUGGAGAUGAAGAUGUCAAGCCUGUCCCAAUAUACUCAACUAGCACUUUGAGAUUAGUGGAAGUUCCCUACAAGUUUGCAGAAUUAAUCAAAAACAGCGCUAAUCCGCUUCCAGAGGUUCAGCAGAAGAUGAAGGAGAUUUUUGCAACUGGCCAGAGGCUUACCAAGUACCAUGUCUGGUACCGGCUUGACGGCCUUAAGGACGAACUGCUGGCUGAGACUUUGCGUUUCAACUUGAACCGCCUCGAAUACAUCAGUGGAGGUGGUAAAUUGAAAGGAAAGGCGAUGUUGAAGCGGAUCGUUGAAAAGUCUGGUUCCGAGGCUGAAGUUAGCAAUAAACGGCAACGGCGAUCUCAAGUUUGA